AUGGUAACCACAGAAACCUCCUUUGAAGAAGGAGACCUGGACCCAGGGGAUAACCAGACAGAUGACCUAGAAACGGUCAACCCCGACGUCCUCGACUUCAGCCACAGAGGAAUGGUGGUACUAGAGCUCUCUGGAAUGGUUCAAGACCAUCCGGCUCGAAUACUUGCUGACACCGGCGCUGGACUGUCAAUAGUUUCAGAUUCCUUUGUUAGUAAGUACCACAUACCCACAAAACCCACAAAAACAAGAACCGUCCAUGGUGUCACCAGGCACCAGCUUGCCAUAAACAGUUCUGCUAGCAUUCAAGUUGCUAUCGGCAAGCACAGUCUCAGAGUAGUCGAAGCCUCAGUGGCCGAUACUGCUGACUACGACCUUAUCUUGGGCUUCACCGAGCUAAGAAGGCUCAAACCCACCAUAUGGUGGGAGAUGGGCCAACUGGACAGCAAGCCUGAUACAAGCUGCCCUGGAGGACGGACCCAUUGGGUUCAUGCUCUGGACCUCCCACCCUCGUCGCUCCCGGCCUUCGGGUUUGUACCCACCAGCACCGACAAGGGCAUAGAAAUGGAAGUAGAGGUUGAUUGGAAGGUAUCAGCAGAAGAUAUACCAGAACCGUAUCAACGGUUGCAGGAUGUGUUCAAUGAGGUGGAAGCAGAUAAGCUGCCCCACCAUAUGGAGCAUGAUCUCCAUCUGGAACUAAUGGAAGACAGUAGGCUGCCACAGGGCCCACUAUACCUCAAGGGGCCGAAGGAAAUGGCUGAACUAAGGAAGUACCUCAAUGAGAACCUUGCAAAAGGGUUCAUACGCCCCUCAAAGAGCCCAGCAAGAUCUCCAGUGCUCUUUGUGCCCAAGAAGGAUGGAGGCCUCAGGCUAUGGGAUGAAUGGAAGACUGCGUUUGGCACACAGUUGGGACUCUAUGAGUACCUGGUGAUGCCCUUCAGCCUGGCGAAUGUGCUGGCCCAUUUCCAGUCCUUCAUCAAUCACAUCUUCCAAGACAUCAUCAGAGUGUUUGUGGUUGUGUACCUGGAUGACUUCCUCAUCUUCAGCUUUGCCAACUUCUAUUGGCGAUUCAUAGCACGCUUUGCUCGAAUUGCCAAACCAUUGACAUCUCUGGUCAAACCUACAGAAUGUUUCAAGAAGUUUGAGCUGCUGGAAGAAGCUCAACAGGCUUUCCACAAGCUCAUACAAGUGUUCACAACGGCAGGAGUGCUUUGGCACUUCGAUUACCAUCUGCUGACAAGGUUGGAAACUGAUGCAAGCGACUUUGCCAUCACUGGUGUGCUCAAACAGGAGCACGAAGGACGUUGGCACCCUGUGGCUUUUUAUUCCCGGAAGAUGUCAUCUGCAGAAAAGAACUACGAGAUUCAUGACAAGGAGCUCCUCGCAGUGGUCACCUGUCUUACUCAGUGGCGCCACAUGCUAGUGGGACUGCUGAGUCAGUUAGUCAUCCUCACAGAUCACGAGGUGCUCAAGUACUUCAAGUCGCAAUGCCACAUCAUGGGACAACAAGCAAGAUGGGUGGUAUUGCUAGCUGAUUUCGACUUCAUGCUACAAUACCGACCAGGAGACAAGGGUGGCGAACCUGAUGCUCUCACCAGACGAGCUGACAUGCAACCAAUCGGUGAGGAGCAAAAGCACAAUGUAUGGCAAUUGUUGCCUCCCCAAGUGUUCGAAAAGGUCAAAAACAACAUCACUAUAGGAAGUGCACUACAGCAAAAUUCAGCAGGAAAUGUAGUAACAAGCAUGGUACUACCGAUCUCAGUGGAAUCGGCCAUACCAACGGGCCUAGACAACGAUGUGGUAUUAAUGGCUCCCAUGCUCACCAUGGAGACCAUAGCAACGAAAGGACUCAAAGACCUGACCAAGAUCUUUCAGCCCUUGGACCUGGAGCUACAGGAAAUACAUGUCAAGAAGCCAUUCGAGAUCAAAGACAGCUUAUGGCAUAGUGGUGGAAGGUUGGUUAUACCAAAGACUGAUGGACAAACUGAGAGGGUCAACCAAGUAGUGGAGCAGUACUUGCAAAUGUAUUGCAACUAUGAGCAGGACGAUUGGGCUGACUUGCUCAAGACAGCGGCAUUUGUGUAUAAUAACACAGUCCACAAUAGUAUCGGUGUCUCACCAUUCUUCACUUGCUAUGGUUGGAAUCCGAAGGCCCAUCCGGUCAUACCUCAGCAGCUGGGAGUCAAUGACCCAGAUCAUUUCGAGUACCUCAUUGAUGGGAAGGAACAUUGCAAAUACCUCCAGGACCAGAUUAGGAGAGCACAGUGUCAAAUGGUGGAACAAUACAACCGGAAACACAAAGACAUCGAAUUUAAGCCAGCAAAGACGAGCUCACUCCCUCAAAGGUCAAAACAACCAGUGGUACCAUCACUACCAGAUGAAGACCUCGAAUUCGAAGUGGAAGCACUCAUCGGUAAAUGCACACGCAAUCGAACAACCGAAUACAAGGUCUUAUGGUGA